AUGAUAAGUAUCUAUGAGUAUGAUUCUAUAUUUUUCUUAUGGUGCAAUACGGCGUCUUCAUUAGAUAUUAAUUCAAUGAAUUUACGUGAUUCCUGCUUGUGUGGGAUUAUCUCAACGAUUGGACCAAGUACGAACUCGGUGGAGAUGAUAAAUAAGCUUCGUUGUGCAGGAGUUACAAUUAUACGUAUGAAUUUUAGCCAUGGUUCAUAUGAGUAUCAUUCUAGUGUGUUAAAGAAUGCGCGUGAAGCGGUAAAGGUGUUACCUGGCCGUCCUUUGGCUAUUGCGUUAGAUACGAAAGGACCGGAAAUUCGUACGGGAAGUACACUUGAUGGAAAGGAGUAUCAUGUUGGUACGGGACAUGAGUUUAUUGUUUCGACCGAUCCACAAUAUGCCAAAAAGUGUGAUGAUCAAGUUUUAUAUAUUGAUUAUGCUAGAAUAUGUAACGUGGUAAGGGAGGGUAGUAUUAUAUAUGUAGAUGAUGGAACAUUGUCUCUUUCUGUACUUGAAGUGGUUGACUCACAGACACUUAAAGUAAUGUGUCUUAAUGAAGGCGUAAUUUCGAGUCAUAAAGGUGUAAAUCUUCCUGGGACGGAUGUGGAUUUGCCUACUUUAAGUGAAAAAGAUGUCAUGGAUCUUCAAUUUGGUGUUGAAAAUGAUGUGGAUAUAAUAUUUGCCAGUUUUAUUAGAAGCAAAAAUGAUAUUAUUACUAUUAGACAAAUGCUUGGAGCAGCAGCUGAUAAGAUAAAAAUAAUUGCAAAAAUAGAAAACAAGCAGGGAGUUGAUAAUUUUGAUGAAAUUUUAGAAGAAGCGGAUGGUAUUAUGAUUGCAAGAGGUGAUUUAGGCAUUGAAAUUUCUCAAACACAAGUUUUUAUUGCUCAGAAAAUGAUGGCUUCUAAAUGUAAUAUUGCCGGGAAACCUUCUAUCUGUGCAACACAAAUGCUUGAACAUAUGAUUAAAAAUCCUCGUCCUACACGAGCAGAAGUCACUGAUAUUUGCACUGCUGUAUUGGAUGGUGUUGAUUCUUGCAUGUUAAGUGGCGAAACCGCUAAAGGAUUAUAUCCUAUCGAAUCAGUAACAAUGAUGCGUAAUGCCAUUCUCGUAGCUGAGUCCAUUAUGCGUUAUGAAACUUUUUUUAACGAACUUCGUCAAUCAAUUCCUAAAAAUGUUUCUGUCACUGAAGCUAUAUGUUGCGCCGCAGUAGAGACUCAGCAUAGAAAUAAUGCAAAAGCAAUCAUUCUCUUAUCAUCAUCUGGUUUAACCGCACGUCUUUGUUCAAAAUAUCGUCCACGGGUCCCAAUCAUAAUGGUUACUUGUAACGAAUCUGUUGCUCGAUUUUCUAACCUAUAUCGUGGCGUAUAUCCAUUACUCUAUCUUGCAUCAAAAUAUCGAAAUAUAGAUGAAUGGCAAGAAUGCGUAAAUAACAGAAUCAAUUGGGGUAUUGAACAAGCAAUCAACCUUAAAAUCGUACAACCCUCUGAUACAGUUGUCAUCAUACAAGGAUACAAAAAUGGCAUAGGCCAUUCUAAUACCGUCAAACUCCACAAAUUAUCUUGA